AUGGUGUUGCUUUCCACGGUCCACGCUUCCAACAACCGCAUCGCCUCGACACUCCCCAAGGGCCUGGUGGCCGUCUUCGUGGGCGCAACAUCCGGGAUCGGCGAGUACACCUUGAAGCAUUUCGUGCAAAAGGCAUCCAGCCCCCGUGUUUAUCUCGUCGGGCGGUCGCAAGAAGCCGGGAACCGCAUCGUCGCUGAGUGCCAAGCGUUAAAUCCCGAGGGAAGCAUCAGCUUUGCCCAGGCGGAUGUGGGUUUGCUUCGUGGCGUCGACGAGGUCUGUCGGGUUAUCAAGAAGAGGGAAUCAACAUUGAAUAUCCUCUUCAUGACGCAGGGUUCGUUGACUGCUAAGUUCGCCACCGACGAGGAUCUGCGGUUGAGUACAUCCCUGCAUUACUAUUCCCGCAUGCGAUUCAUCGUCAACCUUCUCCCGCUCCUCGAGAAUGCCCCAGGACUCCGUCGUGUGGUGGGGGUAUUUGCUGGCGGCAUGGAAGGCGAGAUCCACAGUGAUGAUCUCCAAGCCUGGAAGUUAAAGGGUGUAGCUCGUCGCAGUCACAUCAGUGCCAUGCUCACGCUGGGUUUGGAAAGGAUGGCCUGCCAAGCUCCCUCCGUGAGCUUCAUCCAUGAGUUCCCGGGGCUGGUGCACACGGCCGCAGUAGACCACUGGCCUGGGGUAGUGGGCGUGAUUGUUCGGCUGGUUGUUUUUCUUUUUGGCCGGUUCUUGUGCGUCUCUCGCGAAGAGGGUUCCCCCGUGGAGGGAGAGUUGACGCCCAUUGCUGGUACAGCAGGUGCAUCGGGUGGUGGUGUGUACUCACUGGGCUGGAAUGGAGAGAACGGAGGGCCCAAGUCGGAGAAAGCAUUGAUGGAUUUGCGAGUUGCUGGAAUGGAUAAGAAACUAAAGGCACAUACAGAGGCAGAGUUCCAGCGUGUGACGGGGAGGCCUUUGAUUUGA